AUGAGACUCCGUGUAAACUCCAGAAAGUUGAGAAUCGAACCGCUAAAACCCUCAGUGUUUUCUAAUGCAGGUGGAUAUGCAACGGCUUCAUCCGGUGUAGGAACUGUGGAUGAAUGCGGAUUGCAAUUUCUGAUGGCAAUGAAACAGUAUGAGUACCUCCUUCUCUGCUUGCCGAUUAAUCAGAGAAUGGAGCUGAAGAUGAAUGGGCUCUCUUCAUCUGUUAUUAUAUGGGCCCAGCAUUCAGAAACGGAAGCUGAGUUAUUAAAUGCAGUUCCCAGCCUACAGAAAGCAAACCCUACAUGGGACGAACUAAGAAAUCUGGGUAUCGCUUGGUGGUUGAAGGAUUCCGCAAGCUUGAAGACGUGUUUGGAGAAGGUGCUUUCGAAAUUGUUGACAUUCGAAUGUUGUUUUUUUUUAUGUGAACACAUCAACCGCCAUCAGUCUUUCAUAGUUAGGAGCGGAAGAUUCAAACAAUAG